AUGGAUGAGAUCAAGACGUUAUUUAAGCAGCUGACAACUACCUUGAUCAUGAAGGAGAAAAAAGUGGCCGUUCGAGAAUGUGUCAUUUGCAUGGCUGUUACUCAUGCCACUGACCAGUGUCCAACUCUUUAUGAAGAAGAAGUGAAUGCCAUAGGAGGACACCAUGGAAGAGGCAACAAUGGGAACAGGAACUAUGAUCCUAAUGCCCAAACUUAUAACCCAGGAUGGAGGAAUCAAGAGAAUUUCAGGUUGAAUAACAACAACCAUCAGGGGGCAGGACAGCCACAACAUCAACAACAGAACAAAGGACCUUCCUUGACCGAUAUGGUUCAAACCAUAUUGUGUGAAACCACUCAGAAUCUUGACAAGUACCGACAGGAGCAGACCAAGCUUGCCCAUUUGAGCACUGCAGUGGCACAAAUGCAACGUAGGCAAGGAGAACUACCACCAAAAGUGGAAGUACAUGAGACCCAAGUGAAUGCAGUAUCUUUACGAAGUGGGAAACCAUUACCCGAGAAAGUCUUUAUGCCAUCGGAGGAUAUCCUGACCAAGAAGGGGAAAUCGGUAGCCAAGAAGGCAGUUGAGAUACAAUCUGACAUCUCGACCAAGAAAGAUGAAGAGGAAAAUGACCAAACAAUAGAAAGUUUGGAAGAUGGAGUUGAAGACAAAGGAGGGCAAGAUGAGGAACGAGAAGCUAGAGGAGAUGAGGAGCCGAAAUACAUAAAGCCCAAUCCACCAAAGAUCAAACCUCCUUUCCCAGCAGUACUGAAGAGGAAAAUACCCAAGAAGUAUGAAGACCCAGGGAUGUUUGUGAUCCCUUGUGUAAUUGGAAGCAGGAGGAUUGACCGAGCCAUGCUGGAUUUGGGAGCAUCGAUUAAUGUCAUGCCUUUGGCAUUAUUUAAGGAGUUGAAUUUGGGCCCACUAAAAGCCACACGUGUCGUGAUACAAUUGGCGGAUAGAUCUCUAGAUUAUCCCAAAGGUAUACUGGAGGACGUUCUGGUCAAGGAGGAAAACCUCAUAUUUCCAGCAGAUUUCUAUGUGCUUGAUAUGGGUAAGACAUCAAGCAGAACGUCGGUCAUUCUUCUUGGGAGGCCGUUCAUGAAAACUGCUCGUACUUGUAUUGAUUGUGACUCGGGUACGUUGACAUGUGAAUUUGAUGGGGAGAAAGUAAAGUUCAAUAUUUUUCAAGCUAUGGAACACCUCAUGGAUACCGAGAUUGUGGAGACUAUGGUGGAGAUCAUCUUGCCCAUCAUAGGUAUACAAGAUCCUUUGGUUCUCAUUCUCCAAGAGGGUAUUAUAGGAUGCCCACGAAAGUACAAUGAGGAGAUAUUUCACACAUUGAUAUAUCUCAGGUGUCAAGAAGGACCAAUCCGUUCGUUGCCAAAUAAUUUUCCCAUUCUGAUGUCCGAAGUUAGGUUGGUGCCAUCUCUCGAGAAGCCACCCCAGCUGAAUCUCAAACCACUGGCGAAACAUCUCAAGUACAUCUAUCUUGGAACAAGAGACACUUUGCCAAUGAUCAUCAGUUCUGAAUUGACCAUUGAAGAGGAGAACCAGGUGAAGGAUGUUAUUGGGCAGUAUAAGGAGGCAAUAGGAUGGACAUUGGCGGACAUUAAAGGAAUAAGUCCUUCAUUAUGUGUACAUCACAUCUUGAUGGAGGAAGAAGCCAAGCCAGUACAGGACUAG